GCUCGAAGAUGGGAGUGGGCCGUGGCAGCCUUGCAGCGCGCAGCAGUGGCUUCCCUCGUACCGGAUGUUGCCACCGCAGCCGUGGAUUCUCGCAAGAGCAGCCUCCUUUGCGUGCCCAUGAUGGCGAUUCGCCUAGCGGCCAGACCCUCGCCGGCAGAGCAGCAGGCGACCUUGCACUCCUCGGUGCGGCCUCGCCGACAAGCUCCCCGCCAAUUUACAAUGCCACCCAAGCCUUUGUUGGAAGGUGGUCUGGCACUUCUGGGCUCCGCCAGCGCCUUCGUCGCCGCUCCACAGGAGGCCAGCGCACCGAGCCUGCGGGGCACUUCCCUGGUGCAGUCUCAGGCCCAGGCGGCGGCUUCGGGAAGCUCUCUCUCCGCUCUCGCCGCCGGUGGCGCGGUUGCCGCGGCAGCAGUGGCUGCCAGUCGCCCAGGACGCCAAACACGCAGCACCAUCCUCCCUACAACCGUGGUGCCAGUGAAGGAGAGCCGGGUGACACGCAAGGCAUUGGACCAGUCCAGCCGAUACGCAGACCUGUCCCUGGAUGAGGCCACGCUUAUCAAGAACGGCAAGCACGUGCUGGUCGCGUACAUCAUGAAGCCCAAGGCGGGCUACGACUACCUG